UAAAUACGCACGAUUGAUGUGUUAUCUCCGUCGCGGGCUUCACAUGAUAAGAUGUAACGUAUCAAUAAAUCGAGAAAAGAGAAGCUGAUUGCAUUGGGUGUCGCGUGCGAGUGCCGAACAAGCUGUCGUGACAUGAGAUGGCUGACCGUUGUGUUGUCCAUCGUGGCGGCGACCGCGACGAGUCUUCUUGUUCCUGCGCCUCCAGCUUCUCAACAUUUAGACGUCGCUGAUGUGAGAAACUUGAGUGUUAGUUUGAUUAACGUCGACCGAGGCAAGCGGCUCAAAUUUAACGUGUCGUGGCUACCACCCGAUGAUACCAGUACGUUGAGUUUCUAUAGCACGAUAGUGACGAGUGUCCGAUCGAACGACAGUGUUUGCAGUGAAGGUUCAAUUUUCUACGUUGGCGACAGUAUCAAUCAAACGAAUGUGCUACUACCGGAGAAUAGAUUCCUCGAAGAUGCCGCCGAUGAACUUGACGUGGAACCUGGAUGCUCGUACAAAAUUCAAGUGUUUGCUAAUCCAAGAAGCGGACGUGAUGCCGAAGAUGCCCCAUCGGUAACAUACGCAGUGCCAGAGUGCGUAGGCAAGCGCUGCAGCUGCGCCAAAUCGAUGGACAUCCUACCGACCCCGAGGGUCACAGCCAGGAGUUUGAGCAACGGCAGCACUUUGAUCACCUGGAAAGUGGAUCCCGCGUCGCCGUCGUUGUCGCUCGUCAAGUCCUACGAAAUUAGUAUCGGUGUGCCAAGUCUAACGUCAUCGAGCGGUUUAACGGUGUACAACGAGACAAAAAUAUUCACGAGCAGCGUUGACAACGAGACGCUGUACCUGUGGGAGCCAGUCGAGAAGCCAAAGAAAGGCACGAAAAUGUUCGUCACCGCGAGAGAUUCUUACGGGUGUUCGGGCAAAGCAGGCACUUAUGAGACGAAACGCCCGAGACACACUUCUUUCUACCGUAAAAACGCCACCCCACUGUUUUUCGCCGCGAUGGUCGUAACUCUGGCGUCGAUCAGCGGAAUCUAUCACUUGGUCAAGUAUCUGGCGAGGAGUCACAAGUAUAAGCUCGUCGCGCUCGGGCAGAAGCGCGCAAGGUCAGUGUUGCGCUUUCUCAGCAAAUUCGAAGCCGCGAUAAUCAACGUUAUGGAGAUUCUCCCCAGAGCGCUAGGCCCGGUUCUAUCCAAUUCCAAAAUCGAAGCGCUGUUGCGGAACAACAACUCUCUAUAUGCCGAGCGGAGCGCCGAGGACUUUAAGAGCGUCGACCCUCUGGAGAUCAGCUACGCGAGGCUACGAGAGGUCCGUGAGCUUGGCAGUGGCCAAUUCGGUAGGGUCUAUCUGGCGGAUCUACUUGGCUGCAGCAGCGAGCGACGCAACCUCGUCGCUGUGAAAACGUCCCUCGACUCGCAAUUAGAAGUACGUCAACAACUGCUGGAAGAAAUCGCGAUCAUAAAAAUGGCAGGUUCUCAUCCGCAUCUUGUCGGCUUGGUCGGCUACAGCACGAUACCUAUGCAUCCCGUUUGCCUGGUAUUGGAGUACAUGCGGGGUGGUGAGCUACUGAGUUACUUGCACCGAAUGCGUGACGUUGCAGAUUCCUCGGGUCUAGGCAACGAUAGUUCCCUCGAGGGUCCCGACAUUGACAGCAUUGCCGAGAGAACGUGCACGAGUUUGAGUGGUCAAUCGGCAGCGACAGCGACCACGGCUAAAGUGUUUUUCGGCAAUGACAUCGAAACUAAAAAUUUGUCGAAUAGUUUUGACGCGAGCGAGGCUCCCGUCAGUCAAGUUGAAAUGAUGAGGUUCGCACUUGAGAUUGCUAGAGGCAUGGAACAUCUCGAGGCGAACGGGAUUGUUCAUCGAGAUUUAGCUGCGAGAAAUGUUCUAAUGGAUGAGAAUUUGGUGCUCAAGAUCUGCGAUUUCGGCCUAUCUCGCAAAGGCGCCUACAUGCUGAACGGUGCGGGAGUUCGCCGUCUGCCGAUCCGUUGGAUGCCACCGGAAGCGAUUCGACGGCGUGCCUUCACCAACAAAAGCGACGUUUGGUCGUAUGGCAUGUGCCUAUGGGAAAUUGCUAGUCUCGGUGAUUUUCCGUACUCGUGUUUUUCCGACGACGCUCUUCUGCGUCAUUUGCUGGAAGAAGGUGGUCGUCCGGACACGACGCCUUUGAAAGAUGCACCAAUGGAAAUGAAAGAAUUGAUGCACAUGUGUUGGGCGAGUUUACCUGAGGGAAGACCCAAUUUCGCUCAGAUUACUUCGUGGUUGGAGUCCAACAGGGAUAGCAAAAGUAAGAGUAAUCCGACGUAUCAGGAUGUUGAUGUAUUACAGGCGGUUACAUGAAGGAGAAUAGGGUUAUUUUGUAGUGUUCAGCUCGUAUUAGAUUUAUCUUUUAAGUACUAUUUUUAUAGGAAUUUUUUAUUAAACCAUCAUUCAUCAACACUCAUCGUUUCAUCAAUUUGCAAAGCAAAAACUGAAAUACAAGAUAUUGAAUUUUUCGAUUUAACCAUUUUAAUUUCAUUGUCCACAUUCGAACCAAAAAUUAACAAUCCAAAAAUUUAUUCUUAAGAUUUCAAUUGUUAAGAUAAGGAUUACGUAAAUUUUGUGAUUAAUAAUGUAGUUGUAUAUUACGUUGUGAAUAUAUAAAUUAAUUUAGCGGUAAAUCGUGUUAUAAAUGUUUAAUCGGCAAAUAAAAAAAUAAUUUCAAUAAAAGGCUUUUUGU